GCUCAGCGGCGGCUGUGUCGGUGCCGCCGGGAAGGGACGGACCCGAGGUGAGGGUCGGGGGGGCCGGGGUCCACCGGCCGCGGCCGAGCCGGCGCGCCUCUCCCCCCCCCCUUCCCGCGCCCCCCGUCUGGCCCCCACGGCUAACAGUCGCGCGGCCGAAGGCGGCCCACGGGCAGGGCGCGGAAGGGGGAGUAAGCGCGAGGCCGGGACGAGCGGGGGGGCUGCGAGGGAGGGGCGCGCCCACCACCCCUCCUGGCCUGCAGCGACCCCGCCUACGUCGCGGGACGCGGACCUUCGCAUGGGCUGCUGCAGGGGCCCUGGUUGGGCUUGGGCCCUGAGGUCACAGAGCAGAUGGUCCCAAAUGGAGCACAGGAUGUGUGGAGUAGCCCCUGUCCACCUCCAGCCCAGGACCCGGCCCCCCAAGUUCUGAGUCCACCUGCUCUUAUGCAUCUGUGACCAGAAUCAGGCCUCCUCACCUCUCCGAACCCCAGCUUCCACAUCUACGAGCUGGCUAUGAAGAGCUGGGUCUGCGUCAUCCUCCCAGGGCCUGAUUGAGACAACUAUUUUUUCUUGAGGUACCUGAGGCCACCCCACCGCACCUCUCCGGCGUUGGCAGGACUCCUGGCUGCGGCCCAUGGGCCUCUGAGGAGGCGUCGUAAGUCCGCCUAACUCCCCACGUGCUGUGCAUCCACUCAAUGGGAAGGGGACUAAGGCCUUGUCCAGCCAUCAGCCACGGCCUCUCCACAGCACCAGGAUGGAAGUCAAAGGUCAGCUGAUCAGCUCGCCCACCUUCAAUGCCUCAGCUGCCCUGUUCGGAGAGGCUGCCCCCCAGGUGAAGUCAGAGCGUUUGCGGGGGCUGCUUGACCGGCAGCGGGCCCUGCAGGAGGCCCUGAGCCUGAAACUUCAGGAGCUCCGCAAAGUGUGUCUGCAGGAGGCGGAGCUGACUGGCCAGCUGCCCCCCGAGUGCCCGUUGGAACCUGGGGAACGGCCCCAGCUGGUCCGCCGGCGGCCCCCUGCAGCCCGUGCAUACCCUCCAUCGCACCCCAACCCAGCACACCACUCCUUGUGCCCUGCUGAGGAGCUGGCUCUUGAGGCCCUGGAGCGGGAGGUGUCCGUGCAGCAGCAGAUUGCAGCCGCCGCCCGCCGCCUGGCCUUGGCCCCCGAGCUGAGCAUUGAGCAGCGCCGGCGCCGGCGCCAGGUGCAAGCAGAUGCGCUGCGGAGGCUGCACGAGCUGGAAGAACAACUGGGGGACCUCCGGGCCCGCCUCGGCCUCCCGGGGCUCCCCCCUCCGCAGCCUCUGGCCCUGGCCCCGGCCCCGGGGGCUCUCAUCACCACCCAGGGAGUAUGCCUGGGCACACGCCUCGCCCAGCUCAGCCAAGAGGACGGAAUCCUGCACUCGGAGAGCAGCUCCCUCUCGGAGUCUGGGGCCAGCCAUGAUAAUGAGGAGCCCCGUGGCUGCUUCCCCCUGGCCGAGCGCCCCUCACCACCCAAGGCCUGGGAUCAGCUGCGGGCCGUAUCUGGGGGCAGCCCUGAGCGGCGAACCCCAUGGAAGCCACCCCCGUCAGAUCUUUACGGGGAUCUGAAGAGCCGGCGGAACUCGGUGGCCAGCCCCACCAGCCCCACACGCUCGCUGCCCAGGAGUGCCUCCAGUUUUGAGGGGCGAAGCGUGCCUGCUACCCCUGUCCUCACCCGGGGCGCUGGCCCCCAGCUCUGCAAACCGGAAGGCCUCCAUUCUCGCCAGUGGUCUGGCAGCCAGGACUCCCAGAUGGGCUUCCCCCGGGCAGACCCUGCCUCCGACCGUGCCUCCCUCUUCGCAGCCCGCACCCGUCGCAGCAACAGCUCUGAGGCCCUGCUUGUGGACCGGGCGGCCAGUGGGGGAGCUGGCUCCCCGCCUGCGCCCCUGGCUCCCCCUGCCGCUGGCCCCCCGGUCUGCAAGAGCAGCGAGGUGCUGUAUGAGCGCCCACAACCAACCCCUGCCUUCUCCUCCCGCACAGCUGGCCCCCCAGACCCUCCCCGGGCUGCCCGGCCCAGCUCAGCUGCCCCUGCCUCCCGUGGGGCUCCCCGGCUCCCACCUGUGUGCGGGGACUUCCUCUUGGACUACUCCCUGGACCGGGGCCUGCCCCGCAGCGCUGGUGGUGGGGCGGGCUGGGGGGAACUGCUGCCUGCAGCUGAGGUCCAAGGACCCCUCUCCCGCCGGGAUGGGCUCCUCACCGUGCUCCCGGGCCCACCACCCGUGUACACAGCUGACGGCAGCAGCCCCCUCCUCCGCAGCAAGGACCCCCACUCCCGUGCCACCCGUACCAAGCCCUGUGGCCUAUCCCUGGAGGCCGCCGAGGGGCCCGAGGUGCAUCCAAGCCCUCUGCUGUGGAUGCCUCCCCCCACCCGUGUCCCCCCGGCUGGUGAGCGCAGUGGCCAUAAGAACCUCGCCCUGGAGGGGCUGCGGGACUGGUACAUCCGCAACUCGGGACUGGCUGCUGGGCCCCCGCGCCGGCCUGUGCUGCCCCACGUGGGCCCGCAGCACCCGCCCUUCCUCCAUGCCCGCUGCUAUGAGGUGGGCCAGCCGCUGUAUGGGGCCCCCAGCCAGGCGCCGCUCCCGCACUCGAGGAGUUUCACGGCACCCCCUGUCUCCGGCAGAUACUACGCGGACUUCCUGUACCCCUCGGAGCUGAGCUCUCGUUUAAGUGACCUGACGCUAGAGGGGGAGCAGUCUUCCAGCUCUGACCCCCAGACCCCGGGGACACUGGUCUGACCCCUUCUUGUUGUCCCAGGCAUGACUUUAGUCGGGAACACACGGCUGACCUCGCUGAACCCCGGGGUGUGAUUGCUCAGUCCUGGGGGGGUGCCGACCUGAUCUUCCAAGGCCCCUGGCUCCUUGUGGACCCACGAAGGUGUCUGACUCCCUGCUUCCCCUCUUACGCUGUGCUGGGAACUGGGGCCCUCAGCCAGCUGAAAAAAGAGGGGAUGGUGUAAUGGGGGCUCCAGGCCCCUUCCUCCGUUUCUGUUUACACUUGUGAUUUAGGUAUUCACUGUCUUCCCCCAACACUAGACCUUUUAUAAAAGGGAAACUGUGAUCUCGUCCUGGUUGGGUUCAUUCCUAUCCCCAUGCCCAGCCUGUUCCAUUUAGGAACCCCCCCCCAAAAAAAAGCCCAGACAAUAUAGGGUCUCAGGGCCCUGUUCGGGGCAGCCAGGAGACUGGUGUGAACAGAACUCCCUGCCACCCCCCCACCAGGGUAGUUCUUGGAGAGGUGGGCUCUCUGCCCACAUUCGGAAGGACUGAAGUCUGGCUAGGGGGCUUGGGUUCAUUUUCCUACUCCCAGGCGUGCCCAAGGGAGCCCCAGUCCUUGUCUGCCUGUCUGUGCCCGCUGCCUCUGCCCACAGGUUGAGAAUGCCCAGCCUCUGCCCUAUCUAUCCCGGUCAGGAAGCCAGCCCUGCAGGAGGGCUAAAGGGCAGAGCCGCCGAGUGUGUUGUGUCCUGGGAUGCUGCGGUGGUGGAACCUGGCAUCGGCUCGAUGCCAGGAAAAUCCUCAGGUGACGUCUGGCCACAGGCUGCGUCACGUCUUCCUUGGCUUUCUUUCCAUCCACCACUUUUUAAACAAAUCUACACAAGCUGUGUUUUCUAUGAUACCUAUCUGUGACUUUCUGGAGCUAGGGGUCCCCUGACCUCCUUUACCUGGUGUUAAACUUUUCUUUUUCUACCAAUGGAUCUGGGCCCGAGACACUACCCACACUGGAAGGGGAUUUCUAUAAUAAAUGUGUAAACCGAA